UCCCUGUGCAUCCAAACCUGUAAGCGAAUUUUCGAUUGCCCAUCAUGUCUGGAAUACAAGCUCAGCUCGACCGUGGGGCGGUACCAAACCACAUUUCCAAUGUGUGUCCAAAGGGAACUAAAUUCCAUGUCCUGGAGGUCGGUUGGUUGGAGUGCGACGAAGCUUUUGUGGUGCGAGGUGGCAAUACAAGCACCAAGAGCACCGAGAAUAGGUCGUUUGUGAAUAAGCGACGAGAACUACCAAUGUACUGCAUCCUGAUCGAACAUCCCCAUGAAGGACUGAUACUGUGGGAAACGGGUUGUGGGAAAGACUACCCAGAGGUAUGGGGUCCUCAGGUCGCCGAUGUGUUUUCUCGGAUCAAGUACGAGCCCAGACAUGAGCUGAAGGCGGCUGUCGAAGCGACCGGCAAUAAGCUGGAGGAUAUCAAGAAAAUCAUCAUUGGACAUCUGCAUUUAGACCAUGCGGGAGGCUUGGAUAUGUUUCUGGACAGAAAGGAUGUCGAGGUUUGGGUCCACGACAAAGAGUUGAAAGCCGCCUUCUGGUCCGUCGCAACGGGAGCUGACGUUGGCGUUUAUCUUGAGCAUUAUCUCAAGCUGAGCUUCAAUUGGAAGACUUUCGACGACCGGACCAUCGACUUCUGCCAGGGAAUUACAUUGCAUCAUUUGCCGGGCCAUACUGAUGGACUGAUUGGUAUGCAAAUCAAUAUGCCUGAUAGUGGUACUUUCCUCUUUAUCAGUGACCACUGCCAUGUCAUCGAAAACUGGCGCGAUGGUAUCCCUCAAGGCUGGCUUGCAAGAGAUCAUCCAGCUUGGUUCCAGAGUACGCAGCGUCUAAAACAAUUGGAAAGGACUACCCGGGGUCAAGUGAUUCCUGGGCAUGACAAAGAGACCUUUGAGAAUUUGAUCAAGAAUGGAACCACGUAUACUUGAGGCAAAGGGUCUCAGAGCAAUAGAGUCUUCGUCGGGGAGUUGGGAGUGAGGCGUAUCCAGAGCACUUUUGAUCGCUUCGGCAUGAGGCUGAAGCCAGGGUAGGCGCAGGUAGUUGCGCAAAUGCCAAC